AAUCUCUGAAAAUUGCAGAAAAAUUUUAAAUUUAAAAGUGUUUAUCUAUAAAUGUUGCAGUAGUAAUAUAUUUAGUUUCUUUCAACUAGAUCACGGAGUUUCAACACGCUCAAUUGUUGAAUGUAGUCAGCGGCAAUUUGUGCGACCGAAACAACUUGGCUAAAUUUUAUAUUUAAAUAUGAUUUCUAAGUUUAGCUAGAAUAUUAUGGCCAAUUACGAAUCACUGAUGGGAGGUGGUUCCACAUCCGGAACUAGUAUUUGUAACUGGUUGAAGCGCAUGAAGUUAUACAGAAUAGGGAUCGUGAUCGCAGUUUGCUUGCUUCUGAUAUCUUUUAUAUUCUACUGCCUACUGCUUAACGACGAAACAAAUACACAAAACAAUGAUAUCCACCGAACAAGAUCUCAGCUCGAAGCGUUCGAAGAGAUUAGUCCCUUGAAAGCCGCAGAUUUAAAGCUGAGAAUAGAUGAAAUGCUAAGAAUAAAGGGAACGGUUUCGCUCGAGCUUCGAGACCUUGAAGCACGACGACAAAAAUUACAAUCCGAUAUUGGGUUGUAUAAUCAAAAAAUAGAUGAACUCAAACAGGAGCUGGGCCGCCAGCAAACGGAACUAGAAAGGCUAAAAAUAUCGGUAGAGCAGGCUCAAGUGGCUCAACAGGAAGCAGUCCUUCGGAAUACACCUGAAUUAGCACUGCCGAAGCCGUUAUUUUCGGUAUCCAUUCCGGAAAGAAAUCAACCUAUUUCGUCAUCGCAAGUGCGCGACUGCAAGAUGAGUACAUGUUUCGACCAUUCUCGAUGUAGUUUGACAUCCGGAUUCCCAGUGUUCUUGUAUGAUCCGGACACGAAUUCAGUAGUUAAUCGAGGAUUUGAUAUUGACGGGUUUUUGAAAACAACUAUCAAACAGACGCUUGGAUACAAUGCCCAUUUGACUAAUGACCCCAAGAAGGCUUGUGUAUUCAUGGUGCUCGUUGGAGAAGCCCUUGCCGAACAAGAAAUGCAACGUAAUAAUAGGUAUGGUGUCAGUAGUAUAAAAAAUGUUGUCCGGACUCCUGCCUUCUCGAGUUUAAAUGUCACACGAUUGAAACAAUUGCCAUUUUGGGGAGGAGAUGGUAGAAAUCAUGUUCUCCUGAACUUCGCGCGGCGCGAUUUGAGUUUAGGAACGGGCAACGUAUUCCGUCAAAUAAAUACCGGCCGAGCGAUGUUGGUGCAGUCAAGCUUUGAGGAAAGUCAGUUUCGACGUGGAUUUGAUAUAAUUGUACCGCCCAUUUUGGGACCUCCAGGCGGUGAUGUCUGGCAGGAAUGUAGCGCUAUGCUACCAGCUAGAAGAAAAUAUCUGUUGAGUUUUCAAGGAGAAAUGAAUGUUCAACAAAAUCAAUCCAGCCUCAAUCAUGUAGACGAGGAAGCAGAGACGGUAGACGACUUUAUAAUUGAACACCUUAAAGAGAUGUCAUCCGGACAUACACAGGAUCGUUUUCUUCUUCAGUUUGAGUGCAUUCCUGCCACAGAACAACGAAACCCUUCGGCAGUUCGGGAUUGGUCGUUAUGUGGAACAGACAAUUCUCGAAAAUCUAUACUGAAAGAUUCCACGUUUACCUUACUAUUGUCUCCAGGUGGGAACAGUAUAAGUUCAACGCUGUUUAAUGCACGUUUAUAUGAAGCACUGAGAGCUGGGGCCAUACCAGUCGUUUUGGGUGGCGAUCAAGUGGAACUGCCGUAUGCUGAAACCAUUGAGUGGCGUCGUGUUGCGAUUUUGUUGCCAAAGGCAAGAAUUACCGAGUUGCACUUUUUGCUGCGAGCCAUUCCGGAUGCGGAUCUUCUGAGCAUGCGACGACAGUGUCGGCUUAUUUGGGAACGAUACCUAAGUUCAGUUCAGGCAACAGUUGACACGGUUAUUGCCAGUUUGAGGGAUCGUCUUGGCAUACCACCGAAGCCGGUUCCUGCAAUCGUUGCGCAUAGUGUAUUCAACACAAGCUUCGUCCCUCUUAAGUCUGAUCCAGUACUCGAUACAGAACCGGAGGAGUCGUUAGGACCGAUUGAGCCACCAUAUCCAAGUCCCGCGUUUAGACGAAAUUAUACAGCACUUUUAAUACAAUCACGUGAGGCUUGGAACGAUUGGGCAGAUCCCUUCGCAUUAUAUCCGCAGUUGCCGUUCGAUCCAGUCCUUCCCUCAGAUGCAAAGUUCAUUGGUUCGCAUAUGGGUUUUAGACCGAUUGGCAAAGGAGCUGGUGGAGCCGGCAAAGAAUUUGGAGAGGCUCUUGGCGGAAAUUACCCUCGAGAGCAGUUUACAAUUGUGAUCCUUACUUAUGAACGUGAACAGGUUUUAAUGGAUUCUCUCAGCCGUCUUUAUGGACUGCCCUAUUUACAUAAGGUGAUUGUUGUUUGGAAUUCGCCAAAACCGCCACUGGAAGAUCUGCGUUGGCCUGAUAUUGGCGUCCCAGUACAUGUCGUUCGAGCUCCACGAAAUUCAUUGAACAAUCGUUUUCUUCCGUUCGACGCAAUCGAAACGGAAGCUGUUCUAUCUGUCGACGACGAUGCUCACCUGAGGCACGAUGAGAUUCUGUUUGGCUUCCGUGUUUGGCGUGAGCACAGGGAUCGCGUUGUAGGCUUUCCCGGACGUUUUCAUGCGUGGGACACUAACACGCUGGAUGCAUGGAACUACAAUUCCAACUACAGCUGUGAGCUGAGCAUGGUCCUUACGGGAGCUGCAUUCAUUCAUAAGUACUACACGUACUUGUAUACAUACGCACUGCCGCAGGCGAUUCGGGACAAAGUUGAUGAAUAUAUGAACUGCGAGGAUAUUGCUAUGAACUUUCUAGUUUCGCAUGUUACCCGUAAGCCACCGGUAAAGGUUACUUCACGAUGGACGUUCCGCUGUCCUGGCUGUCCAGUGUCACUCAGUGAGGACGACACACAUUUCCAGGAGCGGCACAAAUGCAUCAACUUCUUUACAAAGGUAUUUGGUUACACGCCAUUAUUGAACACACAGUACCGGGCCGAUUCCAUCCUCUUCAAAACGCGAAUACCACACGACAAGCAAAAAUGUUUCAAAUUCAUCUAAGAAUCCAAUCAGCAUCACUCGCACGAUGGACCGGACUAGAAGCAUCAUAGCAUGGACAGCGUCUCCGUUUUUGACGAUCGUUCUGCGCACUUUAUCAUCGGGAUCCUCUUUUGUUGAUCUCCGUUGCAAUAGCAUUAGCACACCGUUUUUUAGCAUACCAAAUGCUGAGCACAGGCCUGCACAUUUCUACCAAAAAAAUACAAAAAAUAACGAAGGUAUGUAUCUCCGAAUGGCGGCUUAAUUUCUAGUUGGAAACAGUUGUACUCAUCUUGUAUCUAUCCACUAUGUAGAUACGAUCAUAAUUUUACCGCAGAUAGCUUGUAUUAUUUUAAGUACAAGAUUAAUUUAGGAAGUUUCGUUAUAGAACUCAACGAAGAAAAUGAUUUUACUCGUGGCAAUUAUUUUUAAUUUUAAAUUUUAAUCAUUUUUAAUUCAUGAAAGUUAAUCGCUUCCUUUCGCCUGGUGCCAGAUUAGUUUUAAAUUUGAACAUAUUAAGAGAUUACAUGUAAUGUAUGACCAAAAGACAGAAAUAAUUUUCAACCCUACUCUGCAUAAUAAUACAAGUAAAAAGGUAUGGAAUACCGAUAAUCGUGAGUCAAUAAGUUUGCUUAAUUUCUUCGGUUACAUUAGGGAAUAGGCUUAUCAAACUAGAAGAAACAAUCGAAGAUAUUUUCAACAGACAUUCAGAAUGAGGUAUAAUAAAGUACUAGUCACAAAGUUCGUAAUGGCAGACAAAUAAAUGUUCUGUUGUACCUGCCUAUUGUUUUCUGCUUCUGAUGAAAUAUCGCCUGAUAUAUUUGAUAAUUGUCGUAGAACGUUUUUCCUUAUACUGUAUUUGAAGUUAUGCUAAAAAGCCUAAUUUUUGUUUUUGAGUGGAAUGUAAGAUUCAAUUCAAUUUCCACACAUUAACAUUUGAAAGUCAUGAUUGAGCCACAGGUUUUAGAUUUUAAAUAUGAUCAUUCUGAAAGAAAUAACGUAUUAACUUAUAUGCGGGGUAAAUGUUUCAUUAAAAAGUCCGCGUACAUCGAUUGUUUCAAUGUAUGUAAUUGCCAUUGGUAUAGUAUAAUCCUGAACAGGGUAAAUGUAUAAUUGUUUUAAUAAUGCACUUAAACCAGUUUUAUAGGUACAUUUAUAUAAAUUGUAAUAAACAAUUAAGCU